UUGCUACACUUUAUUUCUAGGAUGUGUCCUUGGCUUUGUGGUUCAGAAAUUGCUAACGAGAUUCGUUUGGUACUGCGGAUCAAUAGUGAUCACGUAACAUUGGAAGGAUUACGACGAGCACUUUACAAUUUCUUGUUUAGUCGGUUCUAUAAUGGCAAGUUUAUUUUGCAACUUGGUUUGAAUAAACAUGGAAGACAACCACGAAGCAAAAAGAUUGAAGCCGUAUUGGAGAGAUUCGGAUUGGAGCCAGAUGAAGGGCCAGGAGCAGGUGGACCAUUUGCUCCUUAUUCUGUUUCUAAGCGUCAAAAAACAUAUGCUGAUGCAGUUGAACGCCUUAUUAAUACUGGUAUAGCUUAUCGAUGUUUCUGUUAUGAUGACACGUGGAAAGAUGUAGAUCCAAUGAGAAGAGUACCGGCACAGAUAUUUCCUUGUAUGAAAAAGUGCUUCGAUAAAAGUCGCUUUGACUCACGCAAUAUGGCAUCAGAUGGCCUGGCAUAUGUUGUACGUCUUAGGAUACCCAGUGGGACAUACAUUUAUCGGGAUGUUGUACAGGGUGAGUUACCAAGACGUGUAGCAGCAACUGAUCAGUUAUUAUUACGACCCGAUUUCAUGCCUACAUCAUUUUUUGCUGACGUUGUUGACAAUCACACACUCUGCGCAAGUCAUUAUGUCGCUUCCUCCUCUCGUGAUUUUCUUCAGCUUCCUAUUUGCGACGCAUUGCAGUGGCGGGUCCCGACAUAUAUCAAUAUUGGAAGUCUGCGACUUCGCAUUGGUUCACGUUUAUUAACAUUUAGUGAUGCUCGAAGUUACGUCAGGUCUUAUAGCUCAGUUCAUGAAUUAUCUAUCUUGAACUUUUUGUUAGCUGGUCGUGGCGUAAACAGAAACCUUGAUAACAGCGUACGUUUGUAUAGUAUUGAUGAAAUGAUUUCUAAAUUUAAUGUAAAUACCAUUACUAGUAGAACGUUGUCAAUUGAUACAUAUAAAUUGAUGAAGCCAGAACGACAAGAGAUCUUAUUACAACAGCAUCUAGAUUUAGAUGAAGAAAUACUUUCUAAUACACUCAUUAACUGCUGUGGGAUUGUCAAGUUUUCCGUAAUUUCAGACAGUAGAACAAAUAAUGCAUUAAUUGAGUCAUUACAACUGGUAGAUGGCGAACUGCUUGUCGAAAGUAACUUCUAUUUAGUUCAUCUGAGCAUAAUUAACGAGAUAGUAUCUAGUGGGGAUAAAAAUUUUUGGAAGAACAGUUUGGUCAGGAAUUUUGUUAAUCAGCUCUCUGCAAAUUCAAGUUUUGAUGACUGCAUAGUUAUUAUGAAUGUGUUGUUUAUGCUUUACUGCAGUUUAGAAGAAAAGGAAUUCUUUUACGAUCAUAAAGAAGAAGUGGUCCAGAAAGCUAUCCACUUGUUGUAUAAUAAGUCAAAUGCAGUCCUGACAAGGACUAUUUGCAAUUACUUGGACAAAGUGUUUUCAAGGGAGUAUAAUGUUCGUUGGGUUUGCAGUGUUAUUAAACUCUUGAAAGUAGCCUAUACCGAAUCAUUGCAUGCAAGUGCUUCUGAAUUGCGGAAAAGAUUACCGCAGUUACUUUUACGGGAUCCAAGUGUGCUAUCUGUUGAGCAGAUGGAGGGAAUUUUUUCAUGGGCAAAGAAUGUUAAAGAUCGGUCUAAACCUGUCAUUUUUACCGAUCGUGAAGUAGUGUCGACAAAUUUUUAUUUCGCUAAACUUUUGGCGAAACUUUUGUACCUGAAACAAAUUGAUAAAAAAGUGCUUUCGGAUGAUUGGUGUUCUAUUCAUAUCAGAAAUGAAAUCUUACUCCAUCUGGUUGCUUUGGGACGUACGGAGCUAACUGAUCUUUUAUUGAGUAGUUCAAGCUUGAGUUUACUGGACUUGAUAAGGUUGAAGCAUUUCGUGGACAAAGACUGUAACGCUCGAUUAGCUUGCAAAUUCAUUGAAAGUCUUGACAGCCCAACAUUAGCUAUGUUAAAUGAAUUGUAUGAUGUUUUGGAGCAUCAUGGCGUGGUAAUUAUUUACAUUGGAAGUAAUCUCAUCGUAGAUUUGAUGAAAAAUUAUCUUUAUACCGUAGAAAUUAGUAGAAAUACCAAGAUUAGUCCUUCAGUUAUGAAUUCGCUACUAAUGAAAUUGGAAGCUUGGAAUAAUCUAAUGAUUCCGAUUCUAGCUACAAAAGCAGUCAAGGAGUUGAAUUCAUCAAAUUGGGAAUCUAGAGAUGAUGCUUUACAUAAUUUGACUUUGCUAGUAAAGUACGGCUAUAAGUGUGUAGAUAUCAUAGAUCAUAUUGUCGGUAUGGCUAAGCAAGAUGCUGAGCCUUAUGUUCGCGGGGAAGCUCUAGUUUUUCUGCAUCAGAAUGGAAAUUUGGAGGAUGUUAUGCGUGUGGCUGUAGAUGUGGUGCUUACAGAUUCUGACCCAGUACCAAGAAUCGAAGCUCUUCAUAUAUUAGAAAAUAAUCUACCGUAUUCAGAAGAAUUAUGUCUUAAUAUAAUACCAAAAAUUUUAUACGAUGAAGACAUUGCACUUCACCGUAAAGUCAUAAAACUUUGCGUGAACUUGAUCGUUGGUGGUAAAAACCAGGAACUUAGAAAUGUGCUGAUAACGUUUCUUGAGGAUGAAGUUGAUUGCUACGAAGAAUUGAAUGAAGCUUUAUAUGGCAACAACCAAAAGCUAUCUGGUCAAAAUAAAGAAAAUGAUGAAUUAAAAUAUUUAUUCAGCGUUUUAGAACAACAGAAUGCGGAACAGCAUGACAAGGAUUGUUACGACUUGUAA